UUUCGAUGUAUCGCGAAGGCCAUACAAACAAACAAAGCAGAAGACAGGCUAUAAUAUGUAGAUCGGCAAAACUGAAUCUUCUGACAAGACUUGACAAUUUGUGGUCUUCUGGCACAUUUUGACGUCUUCUAUGCGCUUCUGUUUCCGUGAAGUUUAUUUGGACAUUUAGUUUGCAGAAAAAGUCCGCAACUGGUCUCUCGAUCUAAAAAUUGGUUGACAUUUUCCUAUAACUCCUCGCGACGCUGCGCGGGGAUCCGUCUGCAUUUGUCAAUGCGGGUGAUUUGCGAGAGAGGGUUUGUCAGUGAAAUCCUUAACUCCAAGCUGUUUACUCAGAACGUUGGUUUGGACUCAAUCAUGGCUGUCACAAAUGGCGAAAAAAUUGCAAAAUUGGAAGCAAAAGUUGCCUCUUUGAGACUGCAGUAUAACUUCCUUAAUGAUCAUAUAAAAAUGAUAACUGGGAAAAAUCCAACUCUUGAAGCUAAAGUGAAGGCUGUCAUGGACUGGAAUCAAAACCUUCAAUUGAAGGUUUUAGGAGAAGUAGAUGCUUUGCGAUUGCGUGAGCUGGCUGCUCAAGACACCCCUGGAGAGGAAAAGGAAGCUCUAGAUGAUAAAGGAAUGAAAACUUGAAGUUGUUACUGAAGUUUUUGUGCUGGUGCCAGCUCUCCCGGUUAAGAACAUAAUAACCCUUCAAAAUAUGUAUCUUUGCUAAAACUUGUUUUAAGUUUCCGCCCAGCUGGGCUUGAACUAUUUUCUUUCAGGUAAUUGCUAUCUUUUAUAAUUUAAAAGAGAGUUAUUUAUUUUGCGCUCUUCUUUAAUUUCCAUUUCUUUGCAAUGAUGGCAAAUAUCUGAGAGUGUGCUGAAAUCACUUGCAUUUUCCCAUUAGUACCUAUGUUUUGGGUGUAUCUCAGCAGUAAUGAUAACAAUACCUUUCAAUCUUGUUCAGUUCUACAAAUAAGGUAGGGAGGUGUAAAACAUUCCAACAAAGUUUUUUUUUUCACCUCUGCCUUUUUUUGGGGGACAUUAACUUUUGAAGACAAUUCUUGAGCAAUUCUGUUACAUUGGCCUCAACAUUUUCUAACCAUUGUGCCAAUUAAUUUACUACUGUAUCCAAGCAUCUUCCAAAGUAAGAGCUUGUUUUAGAAAUUUGAUUCACCCAUCCCAAUGCAUUAGUGAGACCAGUAACUUUUAAGAUGCAUUUGCUAGUAAUUCAUAUCCCACAACCAACUGUUAAGUUACAGGUAAUUAAAACUUUUAACAAAGUUUGCAGUUCUCAAAGUAGUUUGCAGUAUUAUAAUAUUUUCAAAAUAUGUUUAGUUUCUCAGUUUUUCUCUCUAGUCAUAGGCUUGAAACCAAGCCCAAAAGAUAAAUAAGCACACUUUGCCAGCGGUAAAGUAUGUGUUUAAUCUUCUUUCUGUCGUUGGUUUGACUGAUUUUGUUUUCUUUUGUAUGGUUGUGUGAUCUCUUCAUGGUAUCUUUUUAAAUUGUUAAGAAGUAUUGAAGACCUACCAUCUCAACUUAUUAUUUUGCUGGGUGUUUGGUCCUUAAUACAAAAUUUUUAUUGUUUUGUAGUUUACAUUUUAUUCUGUCUGGUUUUGAUCAUUUGUAAUAUUUCUACUCCCCCCCCCCUUUUUUUUGGGGUCUGAAGCAAAGUAUAGUAAAGUUAAUGUUGUUUGUGCUGAUCAAAGUGACUGAUGAAUGAGAACCUUCAGAGUUGAGAAGAUUUGUUAUACUCUACCUACUUAAUAGGUAAAUGGUUAAGGAGUUUUAGGUUAAUUUUUAUCAGGCUUUCCUGUUUCUUUGAUUAUUCAUUAUUCCUUACUCUAGUAGGAGUACAAUCUGUGAUUUCAUUUGUAGAAAUAAUUCCAAAUUAGAGGUAACAUUUUAUUUAUUGUCGUUGACUUGAAAUCUGUGACAUUCCCUGCCUAAUGCAUUAGAUUUUCUGUCAAAUAAAUUAUAAAUAAUUAUUCAGUGACUACUAAAUGAACAAAA